CAAACCAUCGCAGCUAACAAACCCUAAAUCCAGAUCUAUUCCCUCCGACCUAGGCUAUGGCUUCCAUGGUGUCCAAGCUCGCGCGGGCAGCCUUCGCAACCCGCGCCUCUCCCUCAGCCGUUGGAGGUCUUGCUGGUGGCGGCCGUCGUGCAGCCGCCAUCAGUGGCUCCCCUGCAGACGCCCUCACUGUCUCCCUUGCAGAAGUUCCCAAAGCAUAUCCCAAUCCACCUGUUGAUGAGAAUGUACUCAAGUCCAAGGAAGCCAUGUGGGCCUUCUAUGAGCACUGGUGCAAGUUUCAUGGCAUAUCGCGUGACCGUCGUGAGAUGGCCCGUCGGUUCAAGACAUUUAGUGAUAACGCAAGGCGUGUUUACGAGUUCAACAAUUCCAACUGCCGUGGCAGUCUGGCAAUGAACCCUCUGUCAGAUGCGACAACGGAGGAGAUCAAGAUGAGAAAUGGAUAUAGGCGGCGUACAAAAAAAUGAUCGCACCCCUUCCUGAUGUACUCUUGUGUGAGCCCUUAAGCCUUAAGUUAUGCUUCUGUGUACCAAGACAUGCCUCUUAAGUUCCUAGCAGUACUGUGUGUUGCAAAAAAAUGAUCUCAGCCUUUUCUGAUGUACUCUUGUGUAAGCCCUUAAGCCUUAAGGUAUGCUUGGUACCAAGACAUGCCGCUUAAGUUCCUAGCAGUUCUAUGUGCUGCUUUGUUGCAUGAACAUUUUAACUUUAAAUAAAAGUCUAUAUCAUGUAUAUUGGACAAUUAUCUAUCUCUUUGAUGUAUGAGCUCAUUUAUAGCUUCCAUAAAAGCUAUAUUUUCUGUAA